CUGCUUUCGGACGCAACCGGGUGACACAAUUCGGCAUCCGGAGUUGACAUUGGAAAGCAAUUCUCUGUGUUCGUGUUUGGGAUCGUCCGUUGGUACGUGAUCAAUCUGCGAACGAACCACCGUCAGAAUUGAUAGGGCAGGCCGAAGUUUAGUGUAGAUCGUUCAGUAGUUAGACGAUCAUUCUCGGAACAGGAGCUCAGAAUGUUGUCUCGGCCGGUAUGGUACGUACUGCUGCAGAUGGUGACACUGGCGUUUUACACGGGUAAUUGUGCCAUAGAGAAUGGUGAUCGUACCUCCGCCCUGGAAGAAGCUCGAUUGCAGCGCGAAAACCUUGUAAGAAAGUAUCUGAAGCGGUUAAGGAAGGAAGAGGGCGCUCUGAAGUUGGUUGGCGGUCGGGGUGAUUAUGAGGGCAAUGUGGAGAUAUUUCACGCCGGCAAAUGGGGUGCCAUCUGCGAUGACGAGUGGGAUCAGGCCGAGGCGGAGGUCGUCUGCAGACAGCUCGGAUUUCCGGGAUACGUGAAACCAACCCACACCGGUUACUUUGGACGUGCGAAACGAAAGUUCUGGAUGGAUAAUCUGUGGUGCGGUGGUAAGGAAGCGGAACUGGCCGACUGUCACUUUGACGGUUGGGGUACGAACGAUUGUGAGGCGGGUGAGUCGGCGGGCGUGAUUUGCAAACAGCACGACACGGACAUUACGACCAAGAAGCCAAUACCGAUCGAGUGGAAGCGACCGAAGAAGCGCUUUGACGAAACGGUCGAAUUGCGGCUCGUUGGUGGCCGAAUGCCCGGUGAGGGACGGGUGGAAGUGCGUCUGGUGGAUGGAGAUGGAGCGCCAGGACCUUGGGGUAGUGUGUGUGGUGAUGGUUGGGGUUUACUGGAGGGUAACGUCGUGUGCCGUCAGCUUAAUCUUGGCUACGCAAACAACGCCGUCCAGACGGACUUCUUUUCGGAGGAGUCGGAAACGAAGGCACAACUCCCGGAACGAGUUUUACUGAGCGGGACUGAGUGUUAUGGCAAUGAAAGUACGUUGGCCGAAUGUUUGCAUGACCCAAUCGGAGAAGGAACGGAAAUACGGUGCAGUGAACGACGCGGUCAUGUAGCCGCUGUUACAUGUGUUCCACAAAUGGCCGACCUGGUGUUCGAUCAUGUCGAGAUGGAACAAUCGUUGCAUCUGGAGGAUCGUCUCAUGUAUCUGUUGCAGUGUGCGAUGGAAGAAAACUGUGUGGCCACGCAAGCGUACGAAAUCCAGCGUGACAAUCCGAACUGGCAUUUGGAGUCGCGCCGAUUGCUGAAGUUUACGGCACGCGUUGUUAAUAUGGGCACGGCAGACUUUCGACCCCACAUACCCAAGCACCUCUGGGAGUGGCAUCUGUGCCAUAUGCACUAUCACAGCAUGGAGGUGUUUGCAACGUUCGACGUAAUCGAUGGGCAGGGCAAACGGGUUGCCGAAGGACACAAGGCAUCCUUCUGUCUGGAGGAUAACCAAUGUUUGCCGGAUGUCGAACCACGGUACGCUUGUGCCAACUAUGGCGAUCAGGGCAUAUCGGUGAACUGUUCCGACAUCUACCGGCACAACAUCGACUGCCAGUGGGUGGACAUCAGUGAGCUGGACUUUGGCGAGUACACGAUGCGGGUGGCGAUCAAUCCAGAGUUUAAGGUACCGGAGAUGCGGUUCGAUAACAAUGCGGCCACCUGUCGACUGCUGUACACGCAAACGUAUGCCCGCGUGUUUGACUGUAAGCUGGAGCGUCCAUAAGGAAGGCCUGGAGAAAAGGAAAAGAAAUUAAUGGAUAAAUCAGAUUUUUGAAUGAAUAAUAAAUCUAUUACAUGAAGUGUGA